AUGCGGAGUCACCACCAAAGACCACACCACGGUAACUACCAGAAUCAACAAUACUAUGAUCAGCAUUACCAGCCAACGCAAGACUCGCAUUCGGUUAUUCUAGUGACUGCUGGUUACGAUCACACUAUUCGUUUCUGGGAAGCUUUGAGUGGAAUUUGUUCAAGGACCAUUCAGCAUCCUGAUUCUCAAGUUAAUCGUCUAUGCAUAUCUCCAGAUAAGAGAUAUUUAGCAGCAGCAGGAAAUCAACAUAUUCGAUUGUAUGAUAUAAAUAGUACAAAUCCCAACCCGAUCACCUCAUUUGAUGGUCAUACUGGUAAUGUAACUGCUGUUGGCUUUCAUUGUGAGGGAAAAUGGAUGGUAACUGGCAGCGAGGAUGGGACAUUGAAGAUAUGGGAUACAAGAGCUCCAUCGGUACAGAGGAACUAUGACCAUAAAGCUCCAGUUAACGAUGUGGCCAUCCAUCCAAAUCAGGGAGAAUUGAUUUCAUGUGAUCAAAUGGGUGGUAUAAUAAUCCUUGACUUGGGAGAGAACUCCUGCACUCAUAACCUGAUACCAGAAGAAGACGUACCCCUUCGAUCUGUGACCGUGGCAAUCGAUGGGUCUAUGCUGGUUGCAGCUAAUAACAAGGGUAAUUGUUAUGUAUGGAAGAUGUCCAAUACACGUGAUUUUACAGACUUGCAACCAGUAACAAAAUUCUCGGCUCAUAAUAGAUAUAUCACGAGAUGCCUCCUUAGUCCUGAUUUUAAGCACUUGGCUACCUGUUCUGCAGACACUACUGUCAAGAUAUGGUCCGCUUCCAAUUAUGAGUUUAAAUUGGACAAAGUUUUGAAAGGACAUCAAAAAUGGGUGUGGGAUUGUGCAUUUUCGGCCGAUUCUGCGUAUUUAGUAACAG